AUGCGGUUCUUCACUCGAUUGUUCCCGCGCGGCAGUGCAUUUCCUUGCCACGUUUGCGUCCUUGCGCCAGUGGUGCCACUGCUUGCCAGGCACUACAGCGACCAUCACAACCCCAGUCCGGCAGCAUACGGGCCCAAGGCACCGGCUAUCCAGCAGGAGCACGGCAAUCACGGCGCUCAGGGACGUGUCACGCAAGGUCAGGUGAGUCUCGUUGACCAGGCGGGCCGUGUGUUCGACGCGUACCUGCACGAGAAGGGAGAGACCUCGCUCAGCCUCAUAGUGGUCGCGGCCGGAUACUGCAUCCUCAUGCCCUGGCUGAUGGCGGCGGCAGAGAGCAUCGAGGGGUGUGAGGUGACUGUGGACGCCCACACCAUCGGCUUUUACAGGGUGGACAUUCCGGGCCGGGAGAAGCACAACCACAAAAAUCGCAUCCAUGUGGCCAUCACAGGCCAGUGCAGUCUGCACGGGUAGGCAGGAUGAGCUUUUGAAGGGGGUGCAUGUCAUAUGUGUGUCUGAAGUGUGUGAGUGUGUCUCACUCGGGUCAUGCACGCCAGUUGAAGGAUGAGGUUGUACGAGCAUCGCGAGAGCUCGGCCUCGGUCAACAUGGGCGGCGGCUACACCAAAACCGCUUCUACACGGCCAAGCUGCAAGGAGCCAACAUGAGUGGGAAUUCUUCCUGCCUGUGCCAGCCCACGCCGCCAAGCCCUUCCUUCGCUGCUUCAGACGCAGCUUCAUCAACGACGGGAGUGGUCAGGUGAGCCAUGAGAACGUGGACCUGGGCAUGGCCGAGUUGAGUGUUGUGAUAGAGUUCGAAUACGGCCGCGGCUGGUAUGACUUCUACUACAUGGACAAGCAUAAGCUGCACCGCCUCGAUAACUACGGUGAGCGCAGUGACCGACAGUGCUGGUAAGAGGUCUGAUUGUGUGUGCUGUGUUACGUCGUGUGAGGGGAUGGUUGCAGAUGCAUUCAACACUGUGUCCAACCUCACGCGAGGCUUCUCUGACGAAGGCCGGAGCACCGUGCAAUUCCCCAUCGACGACAGGGCACCCAACCUGGUCAGUCAGUCAGGAACAGACACGCAUUGGAUGGAUGGUAGAUGGAUGUGUGUAUGUGUGUGUGGUCAUACAGGACGGCCACCAUGUGCCGACUGCCGGGCAGGGCAAGGAGCGGCUGCGCCAAGUCUCGCUCAAGACCGCCCAGAUAUUCCAGAGCUUUGGCGGCGAUUUCAACGCGAUGACGAAGAUGCCCAUCGAUGAGGCCUGCAAGUACAUCAUCACGGUGGUCGAGAGCUAG